CUAAUUUAAUUUUGACCCAUAGUAGGUAAUGCAUGACCUAUUUUCCAAAUAUGGAGAAAAUUAAGAUUAUAGAAUUUAGUAUUUUUUUUAAAAUAAAAUUCAAAAUUAAAAAAAGAAGGGAUAUUAGUGGGACUGUGGGACCGACCUCACAGUAGCUCUGCUGUAUCCAAAAACAGCCAGCUAUGGCUUCCAGCCUGUUUCACCUUCAUAUCCUCAAUGCUCCAUUUCUCACUCUCUCCCUCUUAAUAUCUUCAAAUUCUCCUCCCUCUCUCUUCCAAAUUCACUCCUCACCGGAAAAAAUCUCUCAAUUUCUUCUUCGUUCUCCUGUUUUCCGGCGAUCGCCGCCGGCUGUAUAAACUUCUUCAUGGAUCCGUGCCCUUUCGUCCGGGUUCUCGUCGGAAACUUGGCUCUCAAGUUUCCGGUCGCUGCGAAACCGUCCUUUUCCGGCGUGCAUCCGUCGAGUUCUCCGUGCUUCUGCAAAAUCAAACUCAAGGAUUUUCCGACGCAG